GAGAAGUCGGCGAAGCCGAAUCGUCUGCGCGGCGCGUCUCGUGCACGAGAGAAAGAGUGGAAAAACGUGUUUGAACUAGAAACCCUCUUUCUUUCUUUCUUUUCUUCUUUCUUUCGUGUUUUGUCGCGUGUGUGCAAUAAACAUCACGUGUAUCGCGCUCACGUUCGCGAAAACAACCGCGUGAACAUCAACGUGGUGCGUCUUGGUGCUGCUCUCAACAAUCAUUUCGAUCCCAGAAUGAUCGUUUUGGCGUGGUGCCUCUUCGUUAUCGUUUCGUUCCUUGUGGCGAGCAACCAGGCCUUCCCCUUACCAGCUCAUACGGUGUCGAGUUACAUCGGUGUUGAAAGGCGAAUGGAGAACAGUAAAGCAACUCAUAGUGUAAACGACAAUCGUCACUCGGUCGACUCGAAAUCCAACGACGACGACGUCGACGUCGACGGCGGUACAGUCUACGUGAUUGCAUUCGGGGGGAAGGAGGAGAAUACGGAGAAAGAAAGAGACACGGAAGAGAGUGGUCCACAUUUUGUAGUCAACGGCGACAUGCAGAACCCACUGGAUCCAUGGUCGAUAGUCUGGUACAUCGGCUCGUUUGGCGGCUUGGUGGCGUUUUUUCUCAUCGUCAGCUGUUCCGAGUGGUGCUGCCGACGAGGCGGUCGACCUCUGACAGUGCCCUAUGCGCAACGUGCUGAGACGUUAAAUGCAACCGGAGUUACAGAGACCCCGCCGCCGCCUUAUCAUCUGUUUGCCCCACCUUCUUACGAUUCCGUCAACUACAAUGAGAUCGUUGACAAGACGUCCGGCGAGAAGCUGGACAUUUAUGUGAUUUCAGUGCCGAUCCACAGGCCGAUAGCGCAGGAGCCAGCGUAGGAAACCUUGGAAAGGCUGAUCCUUUUGACAAGAAUGCCCGAUUCAACACUGAUGAUGGCCAACAGUCGAUCACGGAGAAGCGAUCUCGCGAUCCCUUCGUUAAAGUCGCCAACAAGUUCGACGUUGAAGAGGACUGGUCGAGAAAGAAGCGCAGCUGUUCUGGACGCCGUCGUUGCAAUUGUACAAAUAUAGUGACAGGAAUGAUUAUAUGUGUGUCUUUCUUGUUAUAGCUGAGGAAUUAACUCACUUGAUGCCAUUGACAGAAAUGACAAGCAUUAGUCAAGGCAUUGACGUCAUUCCGAAAAAAAAAACGAGUCGUUUUUUGUGUUUCCAUUGAAAGAUGACAGAUACUGAAACCGAAUUCUGAGACGAAAUUGUACGAAAAAUCGUCAUCGUACAUUGACCUCAAGAAAGAUCAUGAUAAUACAGAAGUGACGUCGAUCGAAGUUUCGAUAUAAUCCUAGAUAGAAUUUAAUUUUAUAUUAUUUCAGAAAAUUAAAUUAAUUUUUCACGAUUUUACAUGAGAUUCUAUCACCAAAUUGCGAAAAUUAAUAUCAAUAUCUUCCUGGAAACAACAAGAGAAAGGAGAACAAUAAUUAACGAUACUAAAAAGAUCUAAGUCAAUACUUGUGUGAAGGAAUUUAUUGCAACAGUACACGGAAAGAAUGAUUUUUCUGAAAAUCUAAAAAUUUCUCUAGAACUAAAAAUAAUUUUG